UGUGCUGUAGGAUGCAGACGAGCGUAUUGUUGGGCGCGCUUUUGACAAUAUGUUUGUGUUGUGGGGAGAUGGCGUCCGGACACGUAUGCAUCCACGACACUCUUAGGAGGGAGCACCGGGAAAGAUCCUGGCAAGACGCAACGACCAGGAGUGGCGAGGUUUCGAAGCAAAAGUACAUGGAUUUAGGUCAAAGCAGCGACGGCAACGAGGAGAAGGAGUGGAUGCCUCUGAGGAUUUUGCCACUGUAUUUGCUGGCGCAAGAGGACCUUGAUAGUGGCCUCGCCAAGCUGUGGCUCAGUUCCAACGCUCUAACGUCUCAGGGGCUCGAAAGGAGGACGGAGGUGGUGGGUGUGUUGAACAGGGCGCUGAUGUACCUGUCGAGCCUGCUGAACGUGAAGAGAGACAGGAUCAACGCCAGGGUUCUGGAAAGGCCGAUCGAACUUGAAAGUGAUGUUUACAUACAGUUUAGCGAGGGGUUUGCGAACAAGUCGAGGGAGGCGAAUUUUAUUGUGAUUGUGACGGCGAUGGGGAUAAGCAUGAAGGGGGUGGAGGCCUAUUCCAUGAUGGUUGACAAGGGAGAGAUAGACGGGAGGCCCAUGCUUGGGUGGGUGAACUUGAACCCGGACACGUUGUUCGUGAGCGAGGACGGGGACUUCCCCAGGUCCGAUUACAUAGCCUUGACGUUUUUGCACGAGGUGACGCACCUGCUGGGAUUCAACGUGCAGUGUUUUGAGGAGAGGGAGAUAGUUGGAAAUUAUCACAGGAUAGGGGGCGGCCAGCCCAAGCAGAGCGUGAUGUACAUCAAGUCGAAGAGGGUGUUGAAGUUCGUGAAGGACCAUUUUGGCUGCGCGAACUUGCCUGGCGCGUUCUUGGAGGACAACGGGGAGGAGGGGACGUUUUCUUCCCACUGGGAGAAGUCGAUGUACUUGGACGAGUACAUGAUAGGGGACGCGGGUCCUGAGGCCAGGGUGACCAGACUGACGAUAGCGGCGCUGGAGGACCUGGGGUGGUACCGAUACACGGGCGCGAGGUUGGACGCGUUGGUGUGGGGUGCGAAGGCGGGGUGCAAGAUGGCCACGACGUUCGGGUGUAGCGCGUGGCCGGCGAGCUAUUCGUGCAGCACGCUCGGGGUCGUGAGGUGUGCUAAGACGCUGGGUGGAUACGGGCCGUGCGUUGAGGACUCGAAUUCGUAUUUGAUUGGAGAGGGGUGUCGAUAUUACAAGCCGUUUUACUCCUGCAGCGAGGGGGAUCGCAUCACGGAGACGGGGCCUUCGGAAACUCACUCGGUGUGUAUAGAGUCGUACAUUCCGAGUGCGAAGGGGAGCACAGGCAUAUUGACGUGUCGAAAUGCGGUCUGUACGUCGGAUAGAAGAGUCAUGAUCGAGUACAACAAGAACUACUUCUCCUGCGAGUCGUUGAACAAUCAGAGACUCGCGGACGUCGGGUACAUCUCUUGCUCGGAGGACCGAAGUGCGCUCUGCUCGGGGCAGGACAUCGACGUGUGGCCGAGCUUGACCGACGUGAAUCCCAAGAAGGCGCCUCCAAGCACGAACGUUGUCAUCACGGGGUCGGAGCUUUCGCCGGACGGCCGCCUGGACAUCGGUGGCCCGUGCCAAUACGUGGGGCCGGUGGGCAACGGCAAACUCGUGUUCUCGCUCCCAAACGCGGAGGUCUGGAGGAAAAGACUGGUCCGUCACCGGAAGUUCGACGUACUGUACAUAGACCCGUACGGCAGGAGCGACAUACUGGCGCAGGCAUUCGAGCCCAUGCUGAACGCCGGGUUUCUGACAAGAGCACAGUGGUGGGCAGAAGACAACGUGAUUACAGUGAUUGCGGUCGGCGCAAUCAUUAUCACCUUUAUUGUUUUAGUGUUGAAGUACUAUUUCAACUAGACACACAAAUACGUUUGUCGCCAAAAACUGACCCCGCACGCACGUUCACUGAAGCAAUAGUUCGGUGUAAACGGCGCCGAUUUCGGUGAAGAUGUCCAGUGCUCUGUCGU